AAGCGGGUCGGGUCGGGGCAUAAUGGUGGUUCUAGGAGAGACAAGACAAUUUCAUCGGUAGUAUUAUUUUGAAAGAAAUUUCGAAGUUCGAGGAGAGAGAGAGAGAGGGAGAGAUGGGGGAGAGAACAGAGAAGGUGAAGGCGGAGGCAUUGCAGAUAAUUGGAGCGUUUGAGGUUCUGCCAAAGCUGGUCGUUUUCGAUCUCGAUUACACUCUCUGGCCCUUCUACUGCGAGUGUCGAUCGAAGCGCGAAAUGCCUUCUCUGUAUCCCCACGCCAAAGGCAUAAUGUUAGCGCUCAAAGAAAAAGGUAUCGACGUUGCCAUCGCUUCUCGAUCACCAACCGCUGAUAUAGCCACCUCUUUCCUCAACAAAUUGAACCUCAGCUCAAUGUUCGUUGCCCAGGAAAUAUAUUCCAGUUGGACGCACAAAACGGAUCAUUUUCAGAGAAUUCAUUCAAGAACUGCUGUGCCCUUCAACUCUAUGCUCUUUUACGAUGAUGAGGAUAGGAACAUCCAAGCGGUCUCUAAAAUGGGAGUAACUAGCAUUUUGGUCGGUAAUGGGGUUAAUCUUGGAUCGUUAAGUGAAGGCCUUACCCAAUUUUCUCGAAACUGGAAUGCAUCGCAGAAGAACAAGCAGAAAUGGCUUUCUAAGUACUCUAAUAAGUCAGAUACUUCCAACCAUGCUGCAUGAAAUUUAAUAUGCAUUUGAAAUUUCUCUCUGGAUUUUAUUCAGAACCACAUCUACUCAAAUAUUUUGUAGCGACAGAAAGACUCGUAUAUGCACAUGGGAAACAUGGUAUUUCCAACAGUUUAGUAUGAAAUUCUGUGUAUUUGAUUCAGAAACUAAUUAAUGGAUGACUUUAAAUAGUAUGUUGUAAUUGAGGAAAUACUCGUGUCCGUUCCAGUUGAACAUAGUCUCAAAAUACUGGUACGAAAUACGUAACUACAUAAGCAGCUCGGAAGGCACAGCCUCCAGCCUGUUCCAAAGUCUUGAAAUCACUUAUCUGUCUGAUAUGCUGUAAUACUAAGCAUUAAUGU